AUGUUAACGAAUAAAGAAAAAAAAAAGAAGAAGAAGGAGUCAACCACUCCCUCCACUCUCUCUCCCCGACCCCGACUCCGACCCUGCCCUAUUCUCCUUGGCGGAGCGCCGCCGUCCGGCCACAGCAAACCCUCACGUCGGUUCCAUUCGGCAGCUGGGACGUCGCUCGUCCUUCCUGGGUUGGUAGCCGGCCUCAUCUCGCCGGCAGCGGCUCACGGUGGCACUGUGAAGGCCGUUGGUUUUGUAAGCCGGAACUUUCUUCUCCGGCCACUGAUUCAAGGACGAGAGGAGACACCACGUGAGGAGGGCUCUGACCGACGUCAGGCUUAGCCGUCUAUACUGUGAGUGGACAUUUUAUUUUUAAAAGAGUAUGCAUGCAUGAUUUGUUUAGAAAAUCAUCACUAAUUUUCUGAAUUGACAUUAUUAUUUCUUCUAUGAAGGGAGCUUGAAAAUGAUUUGAGUUAUUCUAUUUUAAGCAUGUUAACGUGUGAGACACGUUGAAUUUAAUUAACUAUAUUGCUCUUAGAAUUUUUCCAAGUACGGUUAGGAAUCGUACUUAUAUUUUAUUUAUGAGUUUCGGGGAAACUCAUAUGAUUUAUAUUUUCCUUAUGCCAUAUUCUUGGAAUAUAUAUGAUGUCAAUGCUAGCAUGUCGUUCCACCUUUCGAGGUGAUGUGACACCCACGUUUCAAGUGGGGUCACGCAAGCCCUUUCCACCCUUGUGGUGAUGUGAUGUUACCGGCGGCAUCACGCAAGCCCUGUGCCCUAUCCGUCAACUCGACGUGAAGGUACAGGGAGUAUGGGAGUAC